AUGGCUUCGAGUUCAAGAACAUCAUUCGUGCUAGCUUCACGGGCAUCCAACCUCGCACAGAUCCAAACGAACAUAGUCAGAGAUGACCUCGAGGCUGCAUUUCCGGCCUUGUCAUUCGGCACAUCAUUUAUGACGACCGAGGGUGAUAAGAACCAAUCCCAAGCGUUGUAUCUACUCGGAGGGAAGGCGCUAUGGACAAAAGAACUUGAAGUUGCAUUGAAGGAGAAUGUGGUUGAUAUGCUGGUGCAUAGUUUGAAAGAUAGAGAGAAUCCUGUUGAUAGUCUCGUGGUGAAGCACGGCUUGCCUUACAAGACUCUCGAAGAUUUACCAGAAGGGAGUGUCGUGGGUACUAGUAGCGUUCGGAGAGUCGCGCAGUUGCGGAGGUCUUUCCCUGGUUUGGUGUUUUUAGACGUCCUCAAUAUCAACCCCAGAAACACCCGUCUUGCGAAGCUCGACGCCCCCGAUGGUCCUUAUACGGCGCUUAUAUUGGCCAAAGCCGGUCUUGUACGGCUAGGCAUGGGGGAUCGUAUCACCGUAGAUCUCACCGCACCAAUACUGUUUCACGCUGUCUCUCAAGGUGCUUUGGCAGUUGAGAUCCGCGCGGACGAUCAAGAAGCACAAGAAUUGUGCAAAACGCUAACUCACGAGGAAACACAGUGGAAGUGCCUUGCAGAGAGAGCAUUGUUGAGAGAGCUGGAAGGUGGAUGUAGUGUUCCUGUUGGCGUCUCUACGUCGCUAUCGCAGAUUGAUAAAAGCGAUGGGAAACUGACGCGUGCAACCCUCGAGAUAACGGGCUGCGUCACAUCACUUGAUGGUUCCGUUCAUGUCCAAGAUACUCUUUCGCAGGAAGUUAAAAGCAUACAGGACGCGGAGGAGCUGGGUAGAAAUCUUGCCAUAAAAUUGAUGUCGGACGGUGCCAAGGCAAUACUGGACGACAUCACCCAAGAUAGACGGAAGAGGGCUAAUGAAGCAGAAUAA